AUGUCUCUUCCCAACAUUUGGCACCAUCGCAAGGUGGCCGAGACAGCAGCCCGCUCUUGCGAAAUCUGCUACAAACCAUCCUCUAGCGUGUUGAUUACUCCAGAUAACAAGGCAAGUAUAGAGCACGCCAAUGAUGAGGAGGAGGUUGCCUCAAGGAAAAAGAAAGAGGAACUAGACAAGGAGAUUGAAAAGGUGAAGCAGGAAUAUGAGGAGAAAAUGAAUCGUAAAAAACUAAAGGACAAGGAGAAAAAGGACGGCAUUGAAAAGGAAGAUAAGAAGGCGGAAAAGGAGAAGGAUGAUAAAAACAGCGGGGCUGAAACGCACAUGGAUGACACACCCCGCGUUUUUGCCCUCCACAAGAACUUCUACCAAAUGCGCAUUGACCGGAUUCGGAAAAAGGAAAUAGCCAGACGGAACACGGAGUGCUUGAAAAAUCCAGACCUGUUCCCAUCAACUCCGAAAACAGAUUUAUAG